GUGCUGCAAGCGGCCCGCGGGCGGCUUCGUGCUGGAGGCGGGGGGCACCGCGCCCCAGGACCCCGCCCGGCAGGCAAUAGACGGUGGCGGCGUGGCGGCGGCCGAGGGGGACCCGGCGCAGGAGAGCGCCGGCGACGGCGACGGCGUGCAGCCGCCGGACGGCGUGGGCGUCGCGCUGUCGGAUCACCCCGUGUCGCUCGAGGAGUUUGCCAGGGACGCGUUUCCUGACGAGGUCUACGAGUGGUACAAGCGCGACAAUCCCCUCUUCGAUGGCACUGAUUUCUCAGAGACCUUUGACUGCACCGCGCCGCGAGGCGCUGGUGCGCUCUGCUGGACGGGCGCCAAGCGCCUGGCAUCGGCUGGCAGGUGCCAAGGCUCUGGCCUGUAG